ACUCCAACUUGUGGUCAACAAGUUAUAAAAAUAGUGUUGACAUUCGAUGGCGAAUUACUUCCUGGUAAUCGUUUCGAUGACUGGAUUAUUGUUGGUCCAAAUAAUCGUCCCGAAUGUAAAUUACAAGGAAACGGUGAAUUACAAUAUGUUAUUGAACUCGCUGUCUUCAACGAUCCUUGUGAGACUCAAAUGCCGUCAAAUGGUAUUUUUCAAAAUAAAAUACGCAUCGCUCAAAAUCCGGCAAUAAUUUUACAAGGAGAUCGCAAUUUUAUUGUAAGAUGUGUCUAUGGAUUACCCGAAAUUAGCCAACUAACUAUGCCUAUUGUAAAUUCUUCAUUCAACGCCGUUACCAUAUCGUAA